UAAUUUCAGCUUGUAAAUGUUCCCAAUAUUGCAAAAGUGAUUGAAAUUUUUAAUAUUGCUAAAAUUCACAAAUGCAUGAUGUUGUUGAAGUUUAAGCUGUAUGUUAACAUAUGUAACUUUCUCUUUAGCAUAUUUUAGUCAGCCAUGGAGGGCUGUGACAGCGAGCCACCAGGAUAAUCUUGAUUUUGUGGAAUCUUACAAACCUCUAAACCGAGAUGUCAAAAAUCUCAGAAUUAUGCUUCAUGGACCAGUCGGGUCUGGCAAGUCCAGUUUCAUCAACUCUGUUGAAAGUGCUUUACAAGGAAGAAUUACGCGUCGAGCUUUGACAGACACAAUCUCCCGGGGCUACUGUACCAAAAAAUACACGGCUUAUAAAAUCCACAAAGGCCGAGAUAGGUUUUACUCUUUCAUUUUCAAUGACAUCAUGGGCUUUGAGAAAAUGACUAACAGAGGAGUUAAUGUGGAAGACGUGAAACUGGCCAUGAAGGGACAUGUUCCGGACGGUUACAAGUUCGAUCCUGAAGUCCAAUUUCAGGAUGAUGAUGAUGACUACAACUCAUGUCCGACUCUGGACGACAGAGUUCACGUCCUGGUUUGUGUCGUUCCUGCUGACAAUGUUUCUUUAAUGAGUCCAGAAGUUGUGAAGAAGAUGAGAGAAGUCAGAGAAGCAGCCAGUGAAAUGGGAAUUCCCCAACUGGCUAUUCUCACCAAAGUUGAUAAAGCGUAUCCUCAGCUGGCAACAGACAUAAAAAGUAUAUAAUCACAAGGACUUGAAGCAAAAGGUCGACAAAUUGAGCAUGUUGAUAGGCAUGCCACCGAACUGCUUCUUUCUUGUGAAGAACUACCACUCAGAAACCAACACAAAUGAAGACAUUGAUGCGCUGAUCCUGAAAGCACUGAGAGAGAUUAUUACCUUUGGAGAAGACUUUCUCAACAAUCUGUAGACCUACAUACUGCGAAGGCAAACCUUGUAUGAUCACCAGUUUCCACAUUUUUACUCCCAACUUGUCAAAUACAGACUCUUGGUCAGUGGCCUUAAGCCUCAAACUAUAAAGCUCCACGUACCCCUCUAGCAUCAGUGUUUUAUGUGUCAGGGCGGGGUGUCCGUUUCAUCUCGUCACAUGCAGUGUCUUUUUAAAAUAAACUUCCUUCACAGAAAGUGUGGUUUUGUAAACAAAACCCCUUAGUUAGGUUUAGGAAUAGAGUGGGUGAUGUUAAUAUACUUGCUAACACGUCACUACUGAGUGAGUCAAGACUCACAUGACUAGUGAUGCGAACAACUCACACGAUUAACGACUGACGUGUCUAAAUGUUCAUGAUUACUUUUAUUUUUGCACGGUAAAACGGAUAAUGAACUCCUGAAUUAAAGUACAGUGUUAGUUUGACCCAUCAACAUCCCCUCCUGCCCUGGACUAUCGGGCUCUUUAUACAAUGUCGGUGGCUUUGACCAUUUAUAAUAAUGUCAGCAGGUUUUCUUUGGAGUUAUUUUAAAGCCUAGUGGGUCUCAUGCGGGCAAUAAAGGGUGCCUCCGUGUGUCGGUAUCAGACGUCGAGGGGCCCUGACCAACCGUUUGUGUUUGACGAGUUAGGAAUGAAUCCGGGAUGAAUCACAGUAUGUACAAUUGCCUACUUUAAAAAAACAAUAAUAACGGUUAUAUGCAGGAUACUUUUUGUGAUUUUUAUUUUUAUUUUCAAGCAUGUUAUGCACAUAAUUUAGAUUUCAAUACAUGUGUCUUAUUUUAGUAAUUUUAAAUUUUUGAAAAGGUUUUUCCUAUUUUACUUGAGAAAUGAUACAAAACCUGUUCAAAACAUGGAUUUUUCAAAAAAUAUGCCUGUUUGUAGUUCCAUAUUACAUGAAAUACAUUGUGAAAUAAAUACUCAUAUGAAUAAAUACACAAUGUUAUGAAACAAUUCAACAGAUUUGUA